AUGACACACACACACAGCUGGUGCCAGACACCCCCCUCAGUCACGGUGAGAAUCAAACCCAACACAGCACACACCCUCCAGAUCAAGAGAGGCCUGAGGCUGAAGAGACCCAACCUGCAAGUGGCCCAGGGGCCUCCGGGCAAGAGUCAACCCAGCCAAAGUCAUGUCGAGGCCGCAAAGGGCAAAAUCAUAUGGGGCCCGACGCUUGUCAUUCAACGAGAGGAGAUGGCAGCCUUCUUCAGACUUUUUGAUGAUGAUUUGAUACAAGACUUUCUGUGGAUGGACUGCUGUUGCAAAGUCACAGACAAGUACCUUCUAGCCAUGGCGUUUGUCUACUUCAAGAGGGCUCGCUUCAGUAUUGGCGAGCACAACAGAACAAACUUUUUCAUUGCACUAUACCUAGCCAACACCAUGGAGGAGGACGAGGAGGAGAGCAAGUACGAGAUCUUCCCAUGGGCGCUUGGCAAGACCUGGAGGAAGCACUUCCCUCGCUUUCUCAAGCAGCGGGACAAGCUGUGGGCUCGCAUCGAGUACCGGGCUGCCGUCAGCCGCCGCUGCUGCGAGGAGGUGAUGGCCAUCGUGCCUACCCACUUCAUCUGGCAGCGGGAGCGCGCCGAGCACCACAGCGGCGCUCAGCGGUUCUACAUUGGCGACCGGGAGAAGGUCCACAUGCCCCGUGGGCCCUCCGCCUCCCCCGCCCCCUGUGCCCUCUGCGCCAAGAGCUCCGGCCUGGGCUUCUCUUCCUCCUCGGCCUCUGGAUCCUCAACCUCCCUUACCCCCUCCCCGCUACCAUUUGCCCUGGCCCUCUCCCUGGAGACUACUCCACCCAGGUCCCAGGCUUCAUCCUCCCGCAGACCGGGCCAAAGAAAGACCAAGGUCCAAACCAAGGCCCAGCGCCCCUGCUGCUGCACAGAGGAGGCCCCAAGGAACGAGUCUUAUUGUGGAGCAGGACACGACCCGUCUAUGGACUGGAUCAACGAGGAGUAG